UUGCAAAAACUUCAAUUAAAUUUAUAAUAGUGACAUUUAGAGUAUACACUGUGUUUAAGAAUAAGUUUACUUGCUUUAAAUUCGUUUAGAAUAAUUUAAACUUUACACAUAAUAUGUUAAAUAAUUGAGUUGCUAUGCAAUUGAGUGAUUCUUUAAAGAGAGACCAGUCGCGUUGCGCUCGCAAUGCCAGGCGCAAAAUAUGAACAGCUGUCGUUAAAGUCUGAUGCCGACGAAGACGUGUUUACCAGUAAACCCAAAGGAAAAUGGUCUGAUAUAUGUUUUCAAAAAAGCCUUCUGUCGCUAGGAUUAAUAUUGCUUUAUUUUUCUUUAUCCAUUGGGCUUACUUUCUAUCAGAGAUGGUUGUUAAAGGAAUUUCACUUCCCCCUUACAGUGGUUAUGUACCAUUUAGUAGUCAAAUGGAUACUCUCAGUGCUAGUGCGUUUGAUACUGUAUAUGAUUACUGGAACACCACAGCUGAUGUUGUCUUUUAUCACAUGCCUGAGGUCCGUGGGACCUACUGGGCUUGCUAGUGGUAUAGAUGUGGGAUUUUCAAAUUGGGGUCUGGAACUUGUAACAAUUUCUCUCUAUACAAUGACUAAAUCAACAACAAUUAUAUUCAUACUUGGUUUUGCUAUUCUCUUAGGACUGGAAAAAAAGUCAUGGUCGUUGGUUGGCAUUGUGUUUAUGAUAUCAGUUGGUCUGAUAAUGUUCACAUACAAGGCAACACAGUUUAAUCUUCUCGGAUUUAACUUCUUGCUCCUCGCGUCGUUCGCGGCUGGUCUCCGGUGGACCUUCGCUCAGCUACUAAUGCAGAAGUCUAAACUUGGUCUCCACAAUCCCGUGGACAUGGUGUUUCACGUGCAACCCUGGAUGUUCUUAUCGCUACUUCCUUUCAUGAUAAUGUUUGAAGGUUUUAAGUGUAUCGACGAAUUGCUCAAGCUCUCCCCCGAAGCAUUAAUGCCUACGAUACUUAAAGUGUCCGUGGGGGCGACGAUAGCCUUCGCUAUGGAAAUUAGUGAAUUCCUAGUCGUCACAUACACUUCUAGUCUCACGUUGUCUAUCGCGGGUAUAUUUAAGGAAAUGUGUAUUCUAGUCUUGGCUGUAGAAGUUAGUGGGGAUCAGCUCAGCUCCAUAAAUGUAAUCGGCCUGGCUGUGUGUCUGCUUGGUAUAAUCGGCCACAUCGUCCACAAGGUACUCGUUAUAAAAGCUGUAGUUGGCACUGUCAGUGCUAUCGACUUCGAGGACAUGGGUAGACCCAGAAAACCAAAGUCAAAGGAGGAGCACCACGAACCCUUAUUAGAUGACAAUAAAUGGCAGAAUGUGGCCAGCGAGGAGAGCGACUUCGACUCCAAUGUCGUUCUUUUCGAAGUUUUGCAAAGGAGGGAUGGAAAAUGAUACAUAUUCAUAAAAUGUAUCGCUUGUUUAUUAGAUUGAUUGUUACUUCAAUGUCCACCGUUUCAAUCGAGGCGAGCGAGCUCUUAUAUAUAUUAAGUAUUUUUAUACAAUUCAUAGUAUUUUUAUACAAAUGAUGAUAUUUUAACAGAUUCCUCGUCAAUACGGUCACGUAAGGUAAACAGUAACCGAUUCACGCGUCGUUCGUGUGACAGGGAAAGGAUUGAUAUUUAUAUAUUUUUAAUUAAGAACGCAUUUAAGUGAUCCCGGAACUUUCAUUAUUUUGUUUAUUUUGACAUACAAAAGAGAAAAGAAAAACAAAAUUAACAUAGAUAAUAAAUUAUACAACAUUAAUUUACUAAAAUACUACUAUUUGAGUCUGUCUGUCGUAGAGUUCGCUCGUUUGAUACAGAUUGUUUUUUUUUUUUAAAUAGUAACAACCAAUUCUCCAUCAAUGCAAAAAUAAAUGUUAAAAUAAACAUUUUGCAAGAAAAGUUAUAGAAAUGCAUUUAAUAGCAACUGUUCUAUUUUGUAGCAGUUUAUAAAAGUUAGCAAAGAGAAAUUUAUUAUUAUGUUAUUAAUUAUUUUUUUCGUACCUUAUAUUAUUUACUUUUAUUGUGUGACUACUGAUUGUAAAAAAAUUUACAUUCCAAAUUUAAAAUUACUUUGUCAUGACUUUAUUUAUCUCAUAGAUAAUUUGAUUCUUUUUUUAUGUCUACAAAAUAUAUUUCUGUUAAUGAAAGAUAAUUAAAAAAACGUUAUUGUUGUAAAAGAUGAUAUAAUAUAUACAAAAAAAAUCACAUCGACAGCCAGCAAUACAUGUAGGUAAAUGUACAAAAAUAGCAAUGAAUUAAUAAAAUCUAUAAUAUGAUAUUAUAAAAAUUAAAAGAAAUUAAAUUCGUAAUCCAGCAUUUUAGAUUUUUGUACAUUUUGUAAUAAUUAUGAUGUUAAUGAAAAAAUAUAUUAUCUGUACAAAAAAAAAACCAAUACUGACAAUUAAUUAUAAAUAAACGUAAGUAUAUAACACGAUGCACAAAUUAUUGGACCAAUGCGUAAUAUUUAAAAGUAGGCAACUCGUUUUGAUAUUUAAAUCGCAACUUUGAUACGUAAAGUCAUUUGUAUAAAAUUUAAGACAAAAUUAUUCGCAUGUAAUUAUACUAUGAAAUAAGUAACCUAUAUGUGCAAUAUAAUAAUCAAUUAUGAAACAAUUUUAAUUCUUUGAUACAAUAACAGUGACAUAAAUUUUUUGCAUUUUUAAUCCUAUACUAUUGUAAAGGUGGCAAUUUUAGUCUUCGCAGCUGUUUACAACACCUUAAGAGUUGUCGUAUCCAAUUAAGCAAGUGUACACAGCACAUGCUUAAAAGGAAUAACACAAAAUUUGCUAAUUUUUCUUCCGUGGAGACUCAGCUCAUCAUUAUUACUAUAAUUAAAUCGUUCGUCAUUUUGUAAUUCUUCCUCCAUUUCUAUAUCCCUAAGCCAAUGUCUUCCUAUUUUGUGAAAUUCCAACAUUCCUGUUAUUUUAAACUAGUCUUAACUCUAUUACUGGUUAAUAAAAAUGUAAUUCUUCCAUACAAUAUUAACGAAUUACUUCCUAUUUUCCUAAUAUUAAAUGAGUGUUUCUUGUAUCCGCACUAAUGACUUAUUAAUUAUAUUUUAUCUAUGUGUAGGUACUAUUAAGUAUAUUCCUGCUUUUUGAGGGUAAUUAAUAUCUGUCAAAAGAUUAUGACAAUUUCCUUGUAUGACUAAUAUUUUUUGUUUGGGUUGUGAUUUGAUUAUGCUUUAUAUUUUAAUUUUUCUGACGAGUUAAAACAUAUAAAGAUAGAAUAACUUCUAUUUUGAUUUACACACUUCGAGACAUGAAUUACAAAAAGAAAGCAUACUGCAUGUAUUAGGGUUCCGUACCGAAUGACUAUUAUUAUUAUGACUUGGUUUUUAUAUAAGUAUGUGAGUUAGACCGUUUUUCACGACACGACAAGACACGCCAAUCACGGCGUGUCAUCAUCAAAUUUCCGACAAAUAUUAAAUUGCAAUUUAACCAAAAUAGGUCAAUGAGGCUACGGUUUAUUAUUAUUAUUAUAUCGAUUACUCAUUUAUUACUCGUGUAGUUCAAUAUAUUGAAUAAUUGAAUAGUUAUAUCAAUUUUAUGCAAUUAUUAAGUGUAAAAUUUACUACUAGCGACGACAAAAAUCCUGUAAGAUAUGUAUUUUUAUAUGACUUUUGAUAAAUAAUAGUAUUUCUAAGUAGUGUUUAUAUAUGAAAAAGAAGCGCAAUACCAAAUUUUAAUAAAUCUAAUAACAUUGGGUACGGAACAUCGCCACUUUCACGUCACUCGCCUCUGUUGUAUAUUUUUAAUCUGUCAUACUAUACUAAUCUUAAGGCUUCAACAACUAUAUCUUAUCUGACUUCCACUUUUCCUUCAUCGUAAUUGUAGAACUAGCUUAAAGGUAGCUUGCUUGUAACUUUAAUUUGUUGAUGUCUUGUUCAACAAUUUAUAUUGAUCUCUCAUGACGUGUCGAAUGCCAUUUUGUAUCCAAAUUCUGUUUUCAAACCAAUACGUACAAAACGUAAACAGCGUUACAGUAUUGAAAUUAAGAACAAUUUCACUAUUAUUAUAAUAUUAUUAGUAUUAUGAUUGAAUUUAUUUAUUUAACAUACGAAAAAUACGUUUUAUAUAAAUAAAAUGAGCUAUAUACUAUAUGUAACUUAUCCAGUUUAUAUUUUUUGAUUUUGAGGAAUACGUAACCUAAUAUGAACUGCGCUUCCUAUAAUUAAGAAACACGUGGAAUACUUAUGGUUAACUUAGGAUUAAAUUUUGUUAAACUGUGAUUAAUUUCCAGUAUAGUUUUACGUGUUGUACCAAUUGGAUUGAGAUGAGAAUUACACGUGACACGAUAUCGGAGACGAAUGAAACAGAUUAGUAUUUUCUGACUAAUUUAUAUGAUAUAAAUAUUUUUGUAAAAUGACCUGACAUGUAAAAAAUGAAUGAAAGCAAUAACACAAAUGUAUACAUUUAUCCAUACUAAUAUAUAACAUUUUAUAAACAGAUUGUUUAGAUGUAAGUAUAUAUUGUAUAAAACUAUAUUUUACUACGACGAAACAUACUUUAGUUAAAGUAUAUUUAACAAACUCAAAAAGACAGAUAGAUCUUAAUGAAAUUUUAAUAUGGGUAGAGUCGAAUGCCUUAUUAUAUUGUAAUAUGGAGUUUCUGUAAUUGUAUUUUUUGUAAUGAAAAUUUUAGUUACUUCAUAGCAUUAAAUAUAUUUUAAGGUGUUAAAGUAAUCCAAAAGUCUUAGAGUAGUUUAAUUUUAAUGUAAAACAAUGUAACAAUAUAUAUAUAUAUAUAUAGUAUUUUAUUAUAUAGCUAUAAACUCCAAUCGUUUAUAACAUAUCAAUGAGGCAGAUUUUUGUCAUGAUAAUACAUAAUUCCAUAUGUAUGCAAACUAACGCGAGACGUUUCCGUUAACUCAAUACUAAAAUAACAAUACUUUGAAAAAAAAAAUCGAUUUUAAUUAUUGAUUGCUAUCCACACGUGUGACCUGAACCUACUUUAACAGCAUUCGAUUAAUAAAAUUCGUGUGCAUUUUUGCAAUACUUACAAACUAAUUUCGUCUGUAUUAUGAGUUAACGUUAGUUUACAUACUGGGGUUAAAUUCUAGAAACUCAUAACGUUUCCGAUACGUUAUCGGUCAAACGGCAACGAUUACGAUUCGAUUGUAAUUUAGUCACAAUAUAUUAGUAGAAUUUCCUUGUAUUAUUUAUUUAUUACAAUGAAAACAUAGCUGUAAGUCAGUUUUACAUAAGUAGGUAUUAUUAUAAUGUCAUGUAAUUUAUGUUACCAUAAUAUCAUGUAAUUUCCAUUUUGUUUGUUUAAGAUACAAAGUUAAAUUUAUACCAGUGAAUAAUUUUAUUGUUUCUAAAAUGUCGUACAUUGAUUGAUAGACUAAUUCAAAUCUGUUGUGUGGUUUGUGUUUAAUCCGACGAAACAGAACACGGUCUGUUUUUGUGUUGUUUAUUAUAUAAGCCUCUAACUGCCAACUGCUGAUGUAUAACGAUUAUUUAGUUCGGUUUGCAAAAUUCGUUUAAUCACUUAUUAACUAAUGUUAUGUUAUGUUAUGUUACCACACACCGUGAACAGACAAGACAUAGAAGCAUUACUUAUAAAUUCGAUGUGAAAAUAUACUAUACAAACAAUUAAUUCAUAAUCAUUACAAGUGAUUGUUCUCAUUCGUGAUGGCUUAAUGUUUGAUUUACUGUUCAAUAGAUCAUUUAUGGCAUGCUAAGAAGCGUUACAUCGUCAAUAGGCGGAUGCAAUGACGUAGCACGUUCCGAGUUUAUCUCUGUACGAAACGACA